AUGGCAACCGAAAUGCAAUCCUUCUACACCCCGUCGACUUCGACUCAUAUUUCGUCGCAUGCCCCAGCUGCCGUCGAUGAGCUGAUUAAUAAAUAUUCCUCCACCAUGUCCGUCUCAGCAACCUCUCCCUCAAGUCCGCUGGGGAAUGCACGUCGCAACCUCCUCCAACGGGCCGCGGACUGCAUCCGUCUGAAGUAUUACCAGUAUGAGGUUACGUUUGGCCUCUAUGUCAUGACGCCGGGCGAGAAGCUCGUGGCAAAUUCCUUCGUGGUGGUCGUCCUGACUUUACUGUUUUGGGCUCUCCUCGUGUACUUCCCGGCCUUACUCUACCAGAAGCUGUCCCGUCUUGUAUGGUUGUUGACUGGUCACAGCGGCGAGGAGAUGGGAGCUGCUUUCGGGAUUUUGGAUACACACGUCAACUCAAUUACACAAUUUUCAGCCAAAAACCUACUGUCAUGA